GAAAAUUGUAAGUGUCAGGUCCACACAUUCUUGGUUCUGUCCCAUUUCUGCACGUAGACCCAUGCCAUGGAACUAGUUGGUUGUGGAACGUGGGCGAUGUGAAAGGUUUCAGACUGAAGAAGCAGUAUUUGCUCACAAAACGUAUAUCGGGAGUUAAAUGACUACAAUAUUGUCACCGCAACUAAUUGAAAUGUAGGCCUUUUAGAAAAUGGUGCGCGUUUAUGUCCGUACUCAGUGACGUCAGCGCUAACCGUCGACGAUUAAAUGUGCAGGUGAAAACCGGAAUAAACAGAUGACCAAACGCGCGAGGAGGAGGGUGAACGAAAUUAUCUGCCAAUCAUAAUAUCUGAAUGGUGGGAUGAGGAUCCAUUUACGCCUACGGAUAAAUAGCGUGCUAUCGUACUUGACAGACCAUAGCUGCAUCGUCAGGAGGUAGCCUACCAAAUAAUAACGCGAUGUCUCGGUUGUGAUUUAACGUACAGUAUUUCCUCAUCUAUCUUCCCCGCUGGAUGGUCCAUGUUGGAGCCUGGAGCUACUGUAGAUAAAUAGAUUACAGCAAUACAUUAGCAAUAAAACAACAUACGGUGACAUAACAGACACCCGAGAAACUACACAUGAAACGGGUUUUUGCCAUGUCCCGCGGUCGUCGUGUGACAAGAACCGCAGGACAGGAUCGAAUCAAUCCGUUGGGGCAAUGCUAGGAGCUGUGUUAAUAACCUGGCAAGAGGAAUACUUGAUACUCGAAGACGUUUGCUUUCGGAGAAUCGAAUUCGGACAUGGGGCUUGAGUUGUCAUGCGGGGCGGUCCGGACACUGGACCCCCUGAUCGUGGGAGUCUCGGAUAGAUCCCGAUGCUCACGGUCAAAUCAUAGCUUGUGAGGAACGAAAGAAUGCCUGCGGUGACCGGAGAAGCGCCCUUACUGAACGGGGGCAGAAGAGAAGAGAAAAAUCCAGUUUUAACACCCUUUCCUUUCCUUGUCUUUCUGCCUCCUGUUGUAUGUCCUUCAAUCCUGUUCCUCUCCUUUUUAUCACCCCUCAUACGUUCCAUUACACGUGAUGUUUUAUUAUCGUUAAAACCCCAUCCCCACUACUUAAACAAUCAUUUAUCCAACGUCCUGUCCACCCUCACAUCACUCCCUUUACCCAAAUGUCAAGCUCGUGAUCCCAUCACUCAAACUCUGCUACCUUACUCCCAUUUAUAAAAUGUUAAACAAAUUUCUACUUGUAUUUGUGCCUGAUCCUCCACCCCCCCAUCAUCUGCUUUACCUUGUCUCUUAUCCCUACCCCCCUGUAGCAGCGUCCCUGUAAACAGUCCCUUCCCGGGUCCCUAUGCCGAGAGUCCCAUUGGAAGUGCCUGCUCCUCACACUGCUGAUGUUCGGCUGUUUCGCCACGCUGGGAUGGUGCUCUUUUUACCGCGUCACUGUCAUGGCUGCCGAUGAACACGGCCUCUACUACGGCGGCCGCGCCCGCCUCUACCAUGACAGCCCCUGCUCCAACGGCUACGUCUACAUCCCGGUGGCCUUCCUGAUCAUGCUGUACCUGGUCUACCUGGUGGAGUGCUGGCACUGCUUCUCUAAAACAUCCUCUCUGGCCCGGGUGAGGAUUAGCAAGGUGUACAACAGGGUCCAGAGGCUGCAGCAGGCCAUGCCCUGUAUCUGGUGGAAGGCCAUCAGCUAUCACUAUGUGAGACGGACACGGCAGGUGACUCGAUACCGCAAUGGUGACGCUUACACCACCACACAGGUGUACCAUGAGCGGGUCAACACACACACAGCCAGCUCUGAAUUUGACUAUACCCGACAUGGUGUCAAGGACGUAUCCAAGGAGCUUCUUGGCCUUCUGGAGCACCCGGCCGUACGCCUUCGUUUCACCAAGUGUUUCAGCUUUGCCAGUGCCCAUGCCGAGGCUGCCUACCUCACCCAGCGUGCACGCUUCUUCGCAGAGAACGAGGGUCUGGAUGACUACAUGGAGGCACGGGAGGGCAUGCACCUGAAGAACGUGGACUUCCGUGAGCACAUGCUAGCCUUUCCUGACCCGGCGUGGCCGCCCUGGUUCUCUCGCCGGCGCAUGUAUUGGCUGAUCUCAGCCCUGAUGUUGUCCUGGCCACUACGUGUGGUGUCAGAGUACCGUACGGCGUAUGUCCACUAUCAUGUGGAGAAGCUGUUUGGUGAGAACGAGGAAGUCAAUGACAAUGACAGCACUGAGAUGGGCAACUACCGCUCAGGCCAGGAGAAUGGGCAACGCGGUGGCCCCAGAUUACGUGUCAUAUCGAGGGUCAACACGGUAGACAUCACUGAACUGGAGUGGCACAUUCGCUGCAACCAGCAGAUGGUGCCCAGUUACUCCGAGGCGUUGCUGAUGGAUCUGAACACCAACAACACAACAUCUUCGCCCUCUGCGUUUACCGGGGCAACGCGUGUCCCUAUGAGGCGGAACUCUAGCUACGUCCUCCAGAGCUGCCCCCGCUGUCGCAGGUCCACCAGCAGCUCCUCGCUCCCCUCGCGAGUCAGGGGGAAUGUGGCGAUGGGGGCGGGCUCUUUGACAUAUGGGACAGUGGGAAGGAUGGGAGGAGGAAGGCUAGCCCUCAGCCGCAGUGGAUUCUCUCUGGGCCGUUUGCACACGGUGCGGCAGGCCUGCCUGUUUCACUCCCGGAGCCUUGGUGCAGGGAUGGGGAGUAGAGGGGAUGAAGGUGGUGGGUUUCUGGGACUGGGCCUCCGCCGGGCUAACGAAGAGAGCAGAGGGGUCCUGGAGGGAGAAGGAUUUGAAGAGGAUGAGAAUAGUCUGCAGCUAGAGGAGGAUAGAGAGCAGGAACUAGAGAGAGUGAGGGCUGAGAUCAUGCAGGGAGUGGCCUGUGUGACAGAGAGACCACCAGCUUAUCAGGAAGCUCUCCAAUUGCCAGUGUUGAUCGUCCAUGGUGAGGAGAGCUGCCAUGGAGGGGAGGACCUUGACACAGGAUAGUCACUAUGAUUGGCUAGGGUGACGGAGAGUAGAUAAGCAAAUCUGCUCAGGAUGAUGCAAGAAAUGAAUUAGAGGAGGGCAGAGGAGAGGAAAAUAGGGAAAGAAGAAAAAGAAGUGGUAAUAUGGAAAGAAGAGAGGGGUAAGGAAGGAGAAAGAAAACAAUUGGAAAAACCCUCGUUUCCAGACCUGCGACAAAGGACUACUGCAAAAUGUGUAGGGAAACCAAACUAUUGUGUCACGGUAGAUUAAAUUACAACUAUGUAGUUGCUCUUGCUUGAGAGUGUGUAAUAUGUGUAUCCCAUUGUCCACAAUGAACAACAAUCGCUUUGUAUCAUUGUUCAUCAAUGUAUGAAAUGUAUGUUCAUGAAUGUAUGGACGUAUCAAUGAGCUGCUGAGUUAGCGCUUAACAUCAGGAGUAGUAGUAGUCCACCAAGCUAUUAGAUUCAUUCAAGGGGCACUGUAUAUUGUGUAAACUUACAUAACUCCCGGGUGGAGGUGGAGCACAACUCUCAUGGCAAUGAAAUCAAAAAAAUAUUACCAUUACACAAAGAGACGAUAGUAAUCCAAUUUUAUAUUACUUUUAGAUGUAAAACAAAUAAUACAUUUGAUCAAGGCACUGAGGUGAUGCGGCUUAUGUCAUCUACUCACCUUCCUCUUGAGAUAAUGCAGAUCCAAGCGGCCAACAAUAUUGUCUUUGACAUCACAGAUAUAGUGAAUAAUGUUUUAAGAGUUAAGUGCACAUAUGGGUAUGUUUGAGCAGGGAGGCAGUAGUUGCUAAAAAUCUAGCUACUUUAUGAGAAACUUCAUGAUUUUAUAAAAAUGUCCUUGUAGCUCAGCCUUGUGACUCCGUCAGCCAAAACCACGCAUUUGCCCCCCUCACAGACAACAGGAAUGUGGAGAAAGACACUCACUUUUUAAACCUAACAUGGAAAUGGGGAACAGGAGAUGGAAUAUGAUAAGAUAGAGUUAUGGAGAGAGCAAUUGUCCCAUUUUAUGUUGGUAAGAUUAACCCCUUUAUUCAUCCAAAAUGCCUCGUAGCAAUUUGGCCUUAACCACGAUUCUAAAGGGGUUCUCCCCAUGUCUCAGUUCUGCCCACUGUUGUAGUUAUACAUCAUGGUCAAGUAUGGAUAUGAUGCAGUAGAGUACAUAUCCACACUCCCCCCACCCCCCCACACUCCCCCCACCCCUCACUCAACUGAUGCCAUUAGGAUGUGAUCGAUGCUCGGAAGCCUUGGGAUCAAAGCCAAAAAGGGUCUUGUAAUUAGGAAUUAGAGCAAAAUUCAUAACACAAUAUUUAUUUCAAGAAAUGUAUUAUCUGUCUUUAUGUAGAUAAUCAAACAACAUGCAGACAGCACAUAGUUGACAUAACACACAGCAUGUUUAGCUCAAACACAACUUCACAGAAUUACAGAAAGACAUGCCCAUACAAAGACUGACAGCCAGGCGAAAUAGCAUGUCAGGACUUACUCUUCUUUACAUCAGCAUAUUCACGUGUCAUAGUAGGUGCACAUUAUUAAGCACAAAUAGACCAUCUUAAUAACAGGAAAAAGAUCCAUGGAUGUGAAUAUGGACCUACUUUUCAAAUAAUGGCCAUGUUAACAUUCAUAUGUACUGUAUGAAGGUAUUGACAUGGUGACUUGUCCCACCAACACUUUAAAACCACUCCCUAUCUUGAAAAGACUCCUGUAUGUUCCCAUUCUGUUGUGUCUCAUGUGUUACCAAUACACAUUCAAAUUUUUGAGUGUCAAGUACAGUAACUGUUUGAAAUUGCAUUAGGCCUAUAACUGUUAGGUCACGUUGUUGUUACCAGUGAUCUUGUAACUACAUAUUGUAACCAGAUUCAUAAAAUCAUUUUGUAAAGAA